CAGUUGAUACUGGAAGAACUUGCCCAGCUAAACCAAGGUGUUCUGGCUACCCAGGAGCAGGGAGACAGCGUGCUUGGAGACACCUUGAGGAUGAACCAAGGCUUGGCACAGGGAGGGAAGGGGUUUCCCGUGUUGCAGAGCUCUGUGGGCAGUUCAGAUGGGAGCGUUAAACAGGCUCUGACCCAUGAGAGCCUCCAGCAGCAGGAGGAGAAGCUGCAGCAGCUCCGGCAGGACCUGCGCCGCGUCCAGAACUUGUGCAGCUCAGCCGAGAGGGAGCUGAGGUACGAGAGGGAGAAGAACAUCGACUUCCAGAAGCAAAACCUCUUGCUCCAACAGGAAUGCACCAAGGUCAAAGCCGAGCUGAAGCAAGCCCAGGCAAAACUCUUGGACACAACAGAAACAUGCUCCGCUCUCACUGCCCAGUGGGAAAGAAGCCAGCAGAAGGUCAAAGAACUCGAACAGGAGCUCUUGAAGUGCUCCCAGGCUGACAAAGUGCAGAGCAGGCUGCAAGAGAAGCUUGCACAGGAGAAAUCCAAAGUGUGCGAAGCACAAAAGAAGAUCUCAAAACUCCAGCAAAAGCUGAAGGAUUCCCAGCACCAGCUCCUGCUGGCAGAGGCCCACGUUUCAGACAAGAAACUCCUGGAGGAGGAACUGAAGGAGGCCCGAGAAAAUGAAGCUCGUGUGCAGCAAGAACUCCAUGAGGAGCAGCUGAAAAGGAAGCUCCCGGAGCAGCAGGUGGAGAUGCUGCAGCAGCAGCUCCGGCAUUCCCAGGAGAAGGAGGCAUCGCUGGCCAAGAUGCACGUGGAGCUGCAGGCCAAGACUCUGCACGUCCUGGACAGUGAGAGGAAAACCGACCCGAGCGAGCACCUCCAGUGCCAGAAGGAGAACCAGAAGCUUUCGGAGCAGCUCACUCUGCUGAAGGAGGAAAACAAAGCCCUUUAUGAGGAAGGAGUCCGGAUCCUGAGCCAGAAGGAUCUGUGUGUCAGGAAGUACAAUGAAACGCAGCUCCGGCACAAAGCCAAGAUCCGCAGGGCCAAGGAGACCUUUAUCCACGAGGUGAAGCAAAGGGACAGCAGGAUCAAGCAGCUUGAAAAUGAGCUCAGCGAGUCAAAGCUCCAAGUGGAAAGGGGGAAGAUGCUGGUGGCUCAGAUCACUGCUGAGAAUGAGAAACUCCUCCAGGAAAGACGACGGCUCCUGCAGAAGGUCACUGACCAAGAGGAGACCCUGUGGAGCAACCGCUCCAUGAUUGCCACCCUGCAGAGCAGGACUGGAAGAGCAUCACCUCCUCCGAACGCCGUCUGCAGAGCAAGGUGUUGCCAUCUCCCCAUCCCAGGUACUGUGGAGUAAAAG